AUGGCUUCGAGCAACAUCUUACAUCUCCCCUUCCGCCGUACGCACAAUGUGUCCAUGGCCGAAGCCAUCAAGCGAUACAUCUCGACCAAAUACGAUCAGCACCCGGACAUGUUCACUACAGAUCUCGAACAGAUAGACCACCUCAGACAUGCCGCCGUCCACGCCCUGGAACCCCAUACCAGCGGUGUCCGUAAGCUUCAGCAGUACGCCGCUCAGCUCGUCUGGAUGGGCGCCAAGUUCCCUGUCGACAUCGGUCUAGACUUCAUCUGGUACCCUGCUCUAGGCUACAACACCCAACGACCCAUCUCUCAAGACAACAUCCGUUUCGAACUCGCCAACAUCCUCUUCAACCUGGCCGCCAUGUAUUCCCAACUGGCCAUGUCUUCCAAUAGAAGCACUGGUGACGGCCUGAAGGCUGCCUGCAACUACUUCUGUCUAUCUGCUGGUGUUGUUUCACAUCUGAAGACAACCAUUGUUCCAGACAUGAGGACUUCUCCACCCGAAGACAUGGACACCUCUACCCUGGAAAGCUUGGAAUACCUCAUGCUAGCCCAAGCCCAAGAGUGUUUCUGGCAAAAGGCUGUAAAAGAUGGUCUCAAAGAUGCUAGUAUCGCAAAGCUCGCUGCUAAGGUCAGCGACUUCUACAAUGAAGCCAGUGAUUGGGGUAUCAAGAGCGAUUCUGUCAGUAGCGAAUGGAUCCAUCAUAUGAACGCCAAGCAUCAUCACUUUGCCGCUGCUGCACAGUACCGUGCUGCUUGCGACUGUCUCGAGAAGAGAAAAUAUGGCGAAGAGGUGGCCCGUCUCCGCGACAGUCUAAAGUGUGCUGAUGAGGCUUUGCGCGAGGCCAAAUACGUCAACAAGGCUGUUCAGGACGAUUUGAACGGCCUGAAAGCACGAGUCUCUGAGGAUCUCAAGAGAGCUGAGAAAGACAAUGACAUGAUCUAUCUCCUGCCGGUGCCACCCAAGUCUGAGCUCAAACCGCUCGACAGAGCGAGCAUGGUUACUGCUAGAGUGCCCAAGGAAGUCUCGGAACCGUUGACUAUGCUUGGGGAUCACGGGGAACUUGGCAGACCACUCUUUUCGAAACUCGUCCCAUACUCGGUCCACGUUGCAGCUAGCAUCUACGUCGAUCGCAGAGAUCGUUUGGUGAACAACACUGUUGUGCAAGAGCUUGAGAACCUCACUGUCGAGAUACACGAGCUCUUGAAGUCGAUCGGCCUUCCUGGGUCUUUGCAGGCUCUCGAGAAGCCACUUGGCCUUCCUCCGAGUGUGGCCAGCCAUGCUGAGGAGGUCAGACAGAUGAACGGUAUCUACAGACUCCACAGUGCCAUGGCCGAUACGGAAAAGCUGAAGAACAGCGACCGCGCAACGUAUCAGGAAGGUGUGGAAAUGCUCCGCUCAGAGUCAGCCGAGGAUGAUGCCGCGCGACGCAAGUACGGGACCGACAGGUGGGCAAGACCGCCAUCAAACGAGGCGUCCCGGAAGCUCUACUCUCAGGUCACCGAAAUUGAUGGAUAUCUCAAACAAGCCGGCAACAGUGACAAACUCGUUCAGAAGAAAUUGAAGGACAAUGAAGCAUUGAUCAGACUACUCGCUGGUACCGAUCGCGAUCUUGAAGACUACGUUCCGAGCAGCCGGCGUGCAACCAUGACCACCAAAGUCGAGAGGGAAGCAAACAACCUUCGAGCUGUACUCAAUGACAUUGCCCGUUUCGAGAACCGCCGCAAGCGUAAAAUCGAAAAUAUUCGAGCAAAGGCCAAGGCAGAUGAUGUUAACGCUGACCUUCUGCGCGAAGCCGCGCGUCUUGAAAGGGAAUAUCCAAUGCAAACACUCGAGGCAAUCCAGUUUGAAAGUUUUUUUGAUCAAAGACUAGAAAACUAUACCGCCGACCGUAACGACAUAAACGCGGAGAGAACCGAACAGGACGACCUACUGGAGCGUGUCCAGCAAGCGAACAGCUCAUUCACUGUAGCAAGAAAGGGGGACACUUCCACAAAGGAUCGUGAGCAAGCUUUGCAGAACCUGGAAAAUGCUUUUUUGGCUUAUAAAGAGAUUAUAUCGAACCUUGAGACUGGGCGCAAAUUUUACAACGACCUCGCCAGUAUAGUCACGCGCUUUCGGGACGACUGCCGCAACUUUGUCUACCAACGACGCGCGGAGGCUUCAUCCCUUGAGGACGAUGUGAGCACAUCCAUGGCUCAGAUGAGUCUACAGAAUGCCAACCAGACCAACCUGCGACAACAGAAGCAACAGGAGACGUUGAUGAACCAACAGCAACCCCGUGCGACACCACGGACAGGGCCACCGCUGGCAGCGCCUCUACCUACUAGAGCCAAUAUUGCUCCUCCCCCAGUAGCAGCGACCGCAUCCCCCACACCUGGUAUGUGGACGCCAGAGAUGGGUAUACGGUUUGGCGGACAAAGCGCUGCGGCAUCGCCCACAACCAAUAGUGAUGGCGCUCCGAAGCCGACGGCGCGCGACAAAAGGUGGGACCCGACCUCGCAGAAUAUCCAAUUCAGGUAG